CCCGGACUCGCGCAAAAAUGCAUCGCACCACCCGCAUCAAAAUCACCGAGCUGAACCCCCACCUCAUGUGCGUGAUCUGCGGAGGGUACUUCAUCGACGCCACCACCAUCAUCGAGUGCCUCCACUCCUUCUGUAAGACAUGUAUCGUGCACUACCUGGAGACCAGCAAGUAUUGUCCUAUCUGUGACGUUCAAGUGCACAAAACCAGGCCGCUUUUGAACAUCAGGUCAGAUAAAACUCUCCAAGACAUUGUGUACAAGUUAGUACCAGGCCUUUUCAAAAAUGAAAUGAAAAGAAGAAGAGACUUUUACGCCGCGCAUCCAUCUGCUGAUGCUACCAACGGCUCCAAUGAAGACCGGGGAGAGGUUGCGGAUGAAGACAAACGAAUCAUAACAGAUGACGAGAUAAUAAGUUUAUCCAUUGAGUUCUUCGACCAGAAUAGGGUGGAGCGGAAAGGAACUAAAGAGAAAGAGAAAUCCAAAGAGGAGGUGAAUGACAAAAGGUAUCUCCGCUGUCCAGCCGCAAUGACUGUGAUGCAUCUCAGAAAGUUUCUCCGGAGUAAGAUGGACAUACCCAAUACUUUCCAGAUCGACGUGAUGUAUGAAGAGGAGCCGCUGAAGGACUACUACACGCUAAUGGACAUCGCCUAUAUUUACACAUGGAGAAGGGGAAAUAG